AUGAUAUGGGAAGAAGGCGUCAGCAAAAUUGUGAUGUUAUCAAAUCUGGUGGAAGAUGGAAAGACAAAGUGUGAACUGUACUGGCCAGGACUGAAUUCCGUUAAAACGACAGGCGAACUGAAAGUGAAGAACGUUAAUGUGUUCGAGAGAUCAGACUACAACAUCAGACAGUUUCUGAUUGACACUGAUCAGAGCAAAAGGACCCAAAUCGUGAAGAUGUUUCACUUCACCACGUGGCCUGACCAUGGUGUACCUUCUGCUCCAGCACUCCUAGGGUUUUGGAAGCAAGUGAAGAAGGAAACAGAAUCAAGUGGUCCAGUUUUAGUUCACUGCAGCGCUGGCAUUGGACGAACUGGAACAUUUAUUGGUCUUGAUUAUCUCGUGGAUGAAGCCAAAGACACCAAAGUGGUCAACAUUUUCCAGUGUGUAAGAAAGAUGCGAGACAACAGAGUUAAUAUGGUGCAGACACUGGAACAGUACCAAUUUCUUCAUGAAGUUCUUCUAGAGGCGAUUUCUUCCAUGGACACGUUCUACACUGUAGACUCUUUGAAUGACGUUUUCUUUAGCGAGAAAUCGAAACCGUCUGACAAGAAACGCUGUUUGCAGCAGGAGUUCAAUAAUCUCCAACGUCUGAAAAAGCCAGUUUCCCAGAUAGACAUCGACACAGCUAUGAAACCUGAAAACAAACUGAAAAACCGCCGCCUGUCUGUUGUACCAGUUUCUUAUAAUCGACUCUACCUGUGUACCCCAGUCCCAGGAACAAAUGAUUACAUCAACGCCGUAACUUUUCCGAGUUCCUCGUACAAGACUGGUUUCGUGGUCACACAGCUGCCUCUGGAGCACACUGUGAUAGAUUUCUGGAGAAUGGUUUACGAGCAGAACUCCCACACCAUUGUGUCUUUAACUGGUGACAAAACAGCACAGAAGGAUACCAAAUUCUGGCCCGGAACCGGUGAAUCCGUGACUAUUGGACCAAUUACCAUUGAUAACCAAUCAACAGUGAAGUCCAGCGGUGAAAUCACAGAGACCAGCCUCACUUUGAGAAAAGAGACGAGUUACGAGAAUGAGGACAAAAAGACAUUGCAGUUGUUCACGUUGAAUAACUGGUCUGAUGAAGGUGGUCUCCCUUCAGAUAAAUAUGAAUUGUUACUGUUUCUGGACAAACUCCAACGUCGUCGGGAUGAUAUUGACAACUCUCCAAUCAUA